AUGCGAACAUCUCGACGACCCUUCGCGGUCCUAGCAAUUACCUCUCUGGCAUACUGCACUUCUGGCGUUUAUGCCCAAGAAAACUCGACUGCCGCAAGUCGUGAAAUUACAGGUUUCCCUCCGUGCGAUGCUCUAAUCGAGGCUGGUCUAGGUACCCAAGUCCUUACCGCGACUUCCAAUGAGUACGAAUCUCGGGUCGACAGCUGGUGGUUUGCGAACGCGCGCGUCCGGCCCUGGUGCUUCGUACGGCCACAAAAUACUAUGGAAGUCUCAAAUGUCGUCAAAGUGCUUUCUGAUGCUGGAUCGGGAGCCGGUGACUGGCACAUUGCGGUUCGAAGCGGUGGGCACUCCUUACCCUCUGCCAACAGCAUAGUCAACGGCGUCACUAUCGACCUCACAAUGAUGAACAACUCGUGGUACAGCCCGGAGCAGAAAGUCGCCAGUGUCGAGCCCGGAGCAGCGUGGAAGGACGUUUACGCCAACCUUCUUGAUACGGCCAAUGUUACGGUCACUGGAGGCCGAGACGGCGGUGUCGGCGUCGGUGGCUUCUUACUGGGUGGCGGCAACUCAUACUACAGCAGUCGCAAUGGCUUUGGGUGCGACACCGUAGUCAACUACGAAGUCGUGCUCGCCAACGGCACCAUCGUCAACGCCAACGCCAGCACCAACCCCGAUCUCUGGCGAGCACUCAAAGGCGGCGGCAUGAACUUCGGCAUCGUCACCCGUUUCGACAUCGAAGCCAUGCCGGCAGUCGACUUCGCCUACGGGCAGAGCGUCCUCAGCACGAACUACUCCGAUGCCGUGGUGGACGUCAUCGUCAACUUCACCAACAACCCGGAGGAAAUGGAGAAUGACCACCUCAUCCCGCUGUACAGCUACAACGCCAGCGAGGGCGGGCAGUCCAUCAUCCUCAUCGGCGUCAACACGCAAGGCGACCUCAACUCCCCCGCCUUCGACGGCAUGAACAGCAUCCCGGCACUGAGUCGCACUUGGGAGCACAAAUCUCUCGCCCGCGCGGCGAACGAGUCCCAAGUCGCCGGCGGCCUCCUCUAUACGCAAUCCACGCUAACCCUCCCCGCCAACCCCACCGCCGUCCGCCGCGCCACCGCCCUGCACUCCAGCCUGAUCCGCACGCUCACCGCGACCCUCGGCCCCGAGAAUUUCAGCGCCUCCACCUUCCUGCAACCGCUGCCCACGCAAAUCGCCAAAGCCGGCUCUCGCUCCGGCGGCAGCAAUGUGCUAGGCCUAGACCGCAUCCCCGGCAACGCCAUAUUGUGGGUGUCGGGCGUGGGCGUACAACCCGACGCUGGUGACGCGGGGUUGGCGGUCGCGAGGGCGGAGUUGAAGAAGUUGGUGGCGGAGUUGCGGGAGUUUGCGAGGGGACAGGACGACGUAGAAGGGAUGGAGUGGACGUAUCUGAACUAUGCGGACGCGGACCAGGAUCCGUUGGGGAGCUAUGGGGAGGAGAAUGUGCGGUUCAUGCAGGAGGUGGCGGAGAGGUAUGACCCUGAGGGGUUCUGGCAGGGGAGGGUGCCGGGAGGGUUCAAGGUGGGAAGGGUGGAGGUUUGA